AUGCUAAGUGGAGAGGGACGCGUGAAAGAGGCUGAUGCAGAGGUGCAGACGGAGCAGCAGCAAGAGGCCGGAGCCACCAGGGAGCUGCAGGCGCCAUGGAGAGACGACAAGACCACGAGCCGCCUUCAGGCCGUCGUUCAGCUGCGGUUUGGAAAGGACAAAGUAGAUAAGGACGCGUCCGAUGGUUUGGAGAAGGAGAUGGAGAAAGAGCAGGGAGUGCAGGGGGUGGUGUAG